GAGGCUGCUUGGGCCGGUGCUGGGACUGGGGCGGGGGAGAACCCAUAUGCAGGAACGAACGGCAGCGCUGGUGGACCCACUCCCCGGGCUCGGCCGCGUACGCCUCCUCGCCGGGGCACAGCGCGCAACUCUGUAUCGGAGAAAGACGCUAGUGUGAAGUCUGCUCAGAGCCCGGGCAAGCGUUCCUCAGGCGGCAUCUUAAGCCUGCUGAGGGGCGUACCGGCAGACCCGAAGCUGCCGCCGACAGAUAGCAGCAAGACGGUGGAGGAGAGGAUGGAGCAUACGGUCGAUUUGGCUGAACAUAGUUAUAAUAUGCAGGUUUGGUUGGAGAGGUUCUAUUCCUUUGGGAUCAACUUGACUAUCCUUCUCCAACUGCUAUUCGCAGCAGCCAUCACAGUCCUCUCUGCCGUCCCCGGGAACCACAGCAUCGCUACCGCCGUCCUCGGUGCCCUCACCACGCUCCUCGCUGGCCUCCUUGCGCGUUAUAGAGGCACGAACCAGCCCGAGCGUGCGGGAGCGCACGCGACGGCCAUGCGGGCCUUUCUCGCGGAAUGCGAGGCGUUCAUCGACGAUUACGGAGACAAGGCGGGGCCGGAGUAUGACGCUAAGAUCGGGGAGUUGAGGUUCAAGUAUGAGAUCAUCGAAGAGAACGCGGAGAAGGCUGCGAAUGGAGUCAUGCAUGCUGGGUAUUCGGUCGCCAGCACUGGUACGCCCAAGUUCCAUUCGUAGCGGACUGGCCGGGGAUGGGGGGACCAAAGCCGGCGCGGUACCGGAAGGGCAGAAGAGAGAACCACGCCGACCUAAAACUCGGAGAAGAAGCAGAAGAAGCAGAAGAAGGUGAUGACGUGGUGUCUGUGGUAUGUAUGUACGAAUCCUGUGACUUUAACGUCUUUUCAUCUGUCAAUUCUUUUCGAAUCUCUGACACCAUUCUUAUACGCUGUUCUACCCAUCCCCUUCCCACCUUCCUACUCCUUUCUACCUUCCAACUCACCUGUUCUCCCCUUCUCUAUUUUCUACGAUUCCACCACCUUCACGCGCGCGACUCGCGACCGACGAACGAGAUGAUGUACGAAUGUACGAAACAUACGAGCCGAAGCUGUCGGAGAAGCGAUGACGAAGAGACCACCGGCGGCACGGGGAGGCCGGCGAUACUUACGAGAUGGAUGUAUAACCAAUAUCUGAUGAUACAGUGCU